AUGGAGAAAGAGUUAUUGGCUGUGGUUUUUGCCUUUAAAAAGUUUAGAUCUUACUUGAUUGGGACAAAGGUGAUUGUUCAAUCAGACCAUACAGCAUUGCGGUACUUAAUGGAUAAGAAAGAUGCAAAGCCAAGGCUUAUCCGUUGGAUGUUUCUGUUGCAAGAAUUUGAUUUUGAGGUGAAAGACAGAAAAGGCACAGAAAAUCAAAUUGCGGAUCACUUGUCUAGACUAGAUGAGGAAGCUAUGCAGAAGGUUGCUAAGGGAUUGGAGAUUGAUGACAUUUUCCUAGAUGAACAGAUAUUGGCAGUUUCCCAAGAUCUAAUUCCAUGGUUUGUAGAUUUUGUAAAUUACUUAGCAAGUGAUCUUGUCCCAGAAGAUCUUUCAUUUCAGCAAAGGAAGAAGUACAUGCACGAGAUGAUGAGCAUACAUGAAGCGUGUCAUUCAUCGCCCGUUGGGGGACAUCAUGAAGGGGCUCGUACAGUACAUAAGAUCCUACAAUGUGGUUAUUAUUGGCUGACUAUAUACAAAGAUGCUCAUGCCUACAAUGCCAACGACAAGUGGGUGGAAGCAAUUGUGCUUCCUAACAAUGAAGCAAGGAGUGUUACUGCAUUUGUGAGAAGGAAAAUCUUUUCUCAAUUUGGUAUGACACGUGCUAUUAUUAGUGACGGAGGGUCACAUUUUUACAAUCAUCCUUUCAAGAGUCUGCUUGAAAAAUAUGGUGUGAAUCACAAGGUGGCAAAAUCUUAUCAUCCGCAUACUAGUGGAGAAGUUAAAGUAUCUAAUAGAGAAGUCAAGUCCAUAUUGGCAAAGACUAUGAAUGCCAAUAGAAGUGAUUGGGCGAGAAAGAAAAUACCUCCACAAAAUGCUUCGCCUUCCAAAACAUUUGCUAAAAAUGGGAACAAACAAGCACCAGUCGAGUGUGAGGAAACCAGUAUUUUGGGGUUUGAUUCCACAUCUGAAAUCAGCGAAGAAGAGUAUGAUGGAACUACAUCCAAGAAAGUUGCAAACAAAGAAAAGGCACCUACUAAGGCAAAGGGAAAGAAAGCAGUGCCACAUGAAUCUGAAUCACCACCACCAAGGGGACCGAGAAAAAAGAAUGCAACUGUCUCUACUCCACACACACCAGUGCUAAUUGAUAAUGAUUAUGAUGAGGUUGAGUCUAGUUCAGUUGAGGAGAGUGCAGGUGAUGCUUAG